AUGAGUUGCAGAGAUCUCGCUCCUGGCGGAGUUCCUCGGAAAGGUUCGAUCAAGGUACUUUCAUCUUGCACGGGAAGCUGUGCAGAGGGCUCUGCCUUGGAUGCUUUGGGCAUUCCAUAUGAGCUGGUUGGGGCGUCAGAGAUUAACCCAUCAUUUCGGUCAGUCAUCCAAGCAAACUUUACAGUGAAGCAUUUGCACAACACGAUGAAGGAUCAGGUGGACAGUGCCGCCUGCCUUUUGCACAGAGACAGCUGUGAUUCUUGCCGUCUCACUCCAUGUGAUCUAGCCAUUUUUGGCACGCCGUGCCCUCCGUUUAGUGAGCAGCGAACGAAGCGAUACAGGAGUGGAUCGGUCAAAGAGCACCCACUGACCCGUGUUACCAUGGAGGACGCCAGAGACAUGAUCGUCCUAGGUGGCCACAAAGCUGUAGUGAUGGAACAGGUUCAAGGUUUUGAUCGAGCAGAAGUUGCUGGGGAUGCAGAGUUUACCCCAAUGAGAAGGCAAGACAUGUCUUCAUCUUGCUGA